AGCCGUGGCGGUUGGCUCCGUCCCGCCGUUCGGCGUGGAGCCGGUGAUGGUUGAGGAGGCCUUGGCAGCUGCAGAUCGACAGCAGGCCUCUCUCCGAACUCAGGUCACGCUGCUGAAGCAGUCUCAUGUGGCUGCCCAGGAGGAGAUCACUCGACUGCGGGGCUUGUUGGCACAGAGGAACGUGAGCGUGCCUCCCAUUGCCCACUUCCCCAACCGCCGGCGGCCGGAGUCCUUCUAUGUGGGCGAUGCCGCGGAUCCGGACUCGGACCGCAGUAGCGCCAGUAGUUGUCCCGGCGCGCCGGAGCCGCCGCUGGGAUCGUCCUCACCACGGCGCUGUGCCGAACACGUCCCAACUGCUGACACCAUAGGUGAUUCUGAUUGGGUCUCCUUCGACAUGGUCGCCACUUUAGUGGCCGGUCCUUCUGUCGACCGCAUCGGAGUGGGCUUCCUGGCGUUGCCACCGGUGCCGCUGGUGGUGAAGCGCGUGAGGGAUGCCCCAGGGGGUCUUCAGCUUUCUUCCCGGCUCGCGGUUCGGAACAAAGGAACGACGUCCGUCACCAGAGGAUCAUGGGCUGACCAGCAAGGCAUCCGCUGUGGCGACGAGUUCAUGUCAGUGGACCGCAAGCGCUCACGGGCCUUUACCUCCAAAGACUUCACCGAAACGAUGAAGAAGCGGCCCUUGCAGAUCAAGCUCCGGCGCACCGCCCGGAAGGAGGGAGCGGAGGCCGUGGCCGAGCUCCGAGCCUUUGGCGCCGAGGACGUGAUCGUGGAAGAACGUAGCGAGUCGGAGGAGGAUGAGGAGGAGGAAGAAGAGGAAGAAGAAGAGGAAGACGAGGAAGAUGACUCCGAAAUUGAGGAGAUGGGCCCAGAGAGGGCAAAGGAGGUGGCAGAAAAGCUGGCCCGCGAGGUGCAGGAGAAUGCGAUGAAGGACCUGGCGAGAGAAAGGCGCCGCUCCAGCGAGUGCGGCCUCGUGCGGCGCAACUCCACCGGCAGCGACGCGGUCGAGAGCCGCCGGAGCCCCUCCGUCGAGAGCUCGAGCCGCCGCUGCACCAGCCUCGAGCGGCGCCACUCCACCGGGGACUUGGAGCGUCCGUCGCUGGAACGCUGGGAAGCCCUCAAGGCCGACGCCGAAGGGAGCCCCAGCACGGCCGUGAGUACCAGUGUCGACUCAACACCCACGGACGCACGUGCGUGGCAGGGCUUUGUGCCGAAGGGUGCGGAGGAUGCUGAAUUCUUUUGAGUGACCCUGAAAAACUGGUGAGACACUCACCAGUGGAUAAUGCGAUCCGUGUCGUGUGCCUGGUGGGAAGCCUCACGUGCUA